UUCAAACUAUUUUCCCAGAAAAUCUUGCAAUUUUCCCACCAUGAAAGCUAUGGUGAGAGGGUGCUCCCUCACUUCCCUCGUCACUCCAACACCAAAACUCUUUGUUGGCCAUCCUUUCUCUCCUCUGCGCUUCAAGUCUAUGGCUUCUUGCGUUGAUGCUUCAAGGUCCCAAACCCAUGAACAAGAUCAUUCAAGAAUCUCGCGACCCAGUUUCGCCGAUCGUGUUCCCUCCUUACCCAUUUGCAAAUAUAGGGUUAACACCCUGCACACUCGUUCGGUUACAGAGGAAGUUGAAGUGGAUGAGGCUGAAGGCGAUGUGUGGGUGAAGAUGCAGGACGAAGCCAGAUUCGAUGUCACUUCGGAACCGAUUUUGUCUAGUUACUAUCAAAAUUCCAUUUUGUCUCAUGAAUCGUUGGAAAGCGCGUUGGCUAAUCACCUUGCUAUGAAAUUGAGCAGUUCAAGCCUUCAAAGUGGGACCCUUUGUGAUCUUUUUGUGGGAGUUUUGGAAGCUGAUCAAAACAUCAUGGAUGCUGUGAAGAAUGAUCUGAGAGCAGUUAAUGAAAGAGACCCUGCUUGUAUAAGCCAUGUUCAUUGUUUCUUGAAUUUCAAAGGCUUCUUGGCAUGCCAAGCUCAUAGGGUGGCUCACAAAUUUUGGUUAGAGGGUAGGAGGGUUUUGGCAGUCAUGAUUCAGAAUAGGGUUUCUGAAGUUUUUGGAGUAGACUUUCAUCCAGGAGCUAAGAUUGGAAGUGGGAUUUUGCUGGAUCAUGCAACUGGGAUUGUGGUGGGAGAGACUGCUGUGAUUGGAAAUGAUGUGUCAAUUUUGCAUAGUGUGACAUUGGGAGGCACUGGUAAGGUAUGUGGUGAUAGGCACCCUAAGAUUGGUGAUGGGGUGUUGAUAGGUGCAGGGUCUUGUAUUUUGGGGAAUAUUAAGAUUGGUGAUGGGGCUAAAAUUGGUGCUGGUUCUGUGGUGAUAAAGGAAGUGCCUCCAAGGACUACUGUUGUUGGGAAUCCAGCCAAGUUGAUUGGAGGGAAGAACAAUCCCAUUAAACUAGAUAAGAUUCCUAGCUUGACCAUGGAUCAUACUUCACAUUUUUCUGAUUUUUAUGAUUAUUGUGUUUAGAGUUUAAUGUCAAGCAUGUUUUACAGUUUAUGUUUAGAACUUUUUAAGUAAUUUUGAUUGGGGGUUCUUGUUUGUUAUGUAAGAGAGAAUCGUAGUUCUCCUACAAACAAUAACAAACGAAAAUAAUAAGAGCGUGCCCUUAGGAACAUGAUAUUAGAUAUGCUGAGCAGUGCUUGUGUUGUUGUAUGGUGCUAGAACCACCCUUUAAUACAUAUUACAUGAAUUUCGCAUCUGCAGCUUUCAUUUUCCUAUACUU